CGAUUCUAGAAGAUUUGUUGCAAAUGCCCGAGGUCACAACCAUUGCAAGAGCAGCAACAUGUCUGAUUUCAAUUUGGCCAGCUUACAUUCAGUAUCUUCCUUUCCAUUACAGUUUCCAACUCUCGUCCAUUGACGCUACUUGGGAUGUACACGAGAGAAUAGCCUUGAAUGUGAGUUUUGUCGCAUCACAGUGAAUGUUAUUUCACUGAUACUUCACAUACAUCUUGCCCGUGCUUGCACCUCUCCAGGUGCUGUGUGAUUAGCGCUCAGUCUAGGCAUGACCCAUAGAAUCCUUUCAUAGAACAAUUCCGGGAAUUUGUCCGAUUUUUUGGAGGCUUUGUGCAGAAGAACUGGUUUUGAUCGACAGAAAUAUCCUUUGUUUCGUGGGAUACGACCUGCAAUUAGGAAACAAUACGGACGAGUUCGGUGCCAGAGUGACGGUCUCUGAAAAAAGGCAAUUUCGGAAUUGUCUUCCGAAAAUUGAUUUGGACAGUGGAAGAGUGUAGUUCAAGGUUUCUGACAUUUUGAACGCGGAGAUCUAGCUCGUCCCUAAGAGGAUUCAAUUGUCCAGAGCCUCGUGUCAUGGGAGAAAAAGAGGUGUAUGUUCAUAAGUCGUGAUCAAGGUCGGGCUUUGCAGCUGCGUGAACUUUUUAUAUGACGACCUCAGCUGAAACAGAUGCAGCUGCGACGGUACUAGAAGACUUACUGAUCGAUGACACUGAAGAGGCAUUGAAAGCCGUAGGUUCAACCGAUUACUACGACGAAACUCUAGACGACGAAGAUGAGGAAUGGGCCAUCAAACAACGACAAGGGCGAAGGUCAGACGGGAUUCUCAGUUGUCCCGCGUGCUUCACAACACUUUGUAUGGAUUGCCAAAGGCACGAGAAGUAUGUGCAUCAAUACAGGGCAAUGUUUGUCCAAAACUGUAGAAUUGUGGAGAAUGAAAGACUAAGGCUCCCGGCACAUCGAGCAGCUAAGAAGACUCGAAAAUCCAAGAAAAAAUCUUCCGCUAAUGAAACUACUCCUCCGAAUGUGCCCGAGGUACACCUGAAUGCAUCUGAGGAUGAGGUAUAUAAACCUGUACGAUGCUCAGUCUGCGACACGGAGGUCGCAUUGAUGGAUAAUGACGAAGUUUAUCAUUUUCACAACGUUGUACCAAGUUAUUCUUAGAUACGAUCGUCAUCCUCUGUAUUGCACAAAAGCGAUUCUAAUGAAAUGAGGUGAUGAAAAGUAAAUGCCUCAUAGACACUCGGAUCUAACGCGGUUCAAAGGAAUGACUGUGACUUCGGUCUUGACUCGAUCUUGACAACCAUCUAGGAAAACUUCAGUCUGACAGUCGCAUCUUCACAUGUCAUCUCGCUGUCGUACUUAUCCACCUAAGUGUCGUCAUCAUCCAUUAGACGAAAGACGGGAUAAAGGGGUUGACUAUGUGCAGUGAAAAACAUCCGAAGUUUGUGAGAUACGUAGUUUCCGACCUAGACACACG